AUGUUACUAACGCCACAAUCAACAGGACCAAGUCGCAUUCAAAAUUAUCGUACAUUAGCUUAUGUUGUAACAAUUCUUGUUUAUCUUGUUAUUGGUGCAGCAAUAUUUGAUAAACUUGAAUCAACAGAAGAAUCUAUACGUCAUGCUAAUUUAACAGCACGUAUAGCUUUAUUUCAACGACAACAUAAUAUAAGUAAUCAAGACUUUAUUAAUUUAACUCGUACUGUUGAAUUACGUUUACAAUAUCGUAAAAAACAAUGGAAAUUUAUUGGUUCAUUUUAUUAUGUAACUGUUGUUUUGGCUUUAAUUGGUUAUGGUCAUGCUAUACCAAAUACAUUGGCUGGACGUGCUGUUACAAUAGCAUAUGCAUUAAUUGGUAUACCGAUGUGGCUUAUUAUGAUACAAAGUGUUGGCGAAAGACUUAAUUCAUUAAUAAGAUUUGUAUUAAAAUAUAUUAAACGAAAAUUUCAAAAACGAAGAGAACCGCAAAUAACUGCUAUGGAAUUAUUAACAUGUGAAGCAUUAUUAACAGUUUUAACAGUUGCUACUGGAUCAUAUGUUUUUCAUCGAUGUGAAAAUUGGCGUUAUUUUGAUGCGUUUUAUUAUUGUUUAUUAACAUUAACAACGAUUGGUUUUGGAGAUUUAGUUCCAAUGCAAAAAAAUGAUUAUGAAAGUGUUGGUUGGUUAUAUAUUUUAUUUUGUAUAAUGUUUAUAUUAACUGGUUUAACCAUAGUUGCAUCUAGUGGUAAUUUAUUAAUAUUACGUUUUGUUGAAACAAAUACAAAACGUUGCCAACAUGAACGAUAUGAAAUGGAACAACGACGUCGACAACAAGUUCGUGUUAUUGGUGAUGUUAUAUCAUCAAAUGGUCGUCUUGUGACUUUAGAAGAUGAUGAAGAAACACCAUCAUUUCUUACUUCAAAUGGUGCUCAACGUAUAACAGUAGAUAAUAGUUCAAGUGCUUUAUCUCUUUGUUCAUGUCGUGCUCAACCAUCAUUAACAUCGUGUAUACCAAUAUCAUGUAAAAAAAAGUUUAAACGUAAACAACAAAAUACAUCAAACAAUUCAAAACAAUCAUUUGUUAAACCUCCAAUAACUAGUACACGAGCAUUACGGCAAGAAAUUCUUGAUUCAUUACAAACAAAAAAUGAUACUGAUGAUAAUCUUGCUUUACAAAGAUCUUAUCUUCUAAUAGAUAAAAUUCAAAAACGAAGUUCAAUAUAA